CGCGCAGUAACUGCCUGCGAAAAAAUUGUUUAAUUUUCUUGUUAAAGCGCAGGUAGAACUUUAUUCAUUUCAGUUUGGUGUGCAAGAAGCAAAUCGUCAAGAUGCCGCGUAUUAUGAUUAAAGGUGGUGUUUGGCGGAACACCGAGGAUGAGAUCCUUAAGGCAGCGGUAAUGAAAUAUGGAAAAAAUCAGUGGUCUCGGAUUGCCUCUCUGCUGCACAGGAAAUCAGCCAAGCAGUGCAAAGCCAGAUGGUAUGAAUGGCUGGACCCCAGCAUCAAAAAAACAGAAUGGUCUCGAGAGGAAGAGGAGAAGUUGCUUCAUCUGGCAAAACUCAUGCCCACCCAGUGGAGGACCAUUGCGCCCAUCAUCGGCAGAACCGCUGCCCAGUGUCUAGAGCACUAUGAGUUUCUACUAGACAAAGCUGCUCAAAGAGAAAAUGAGGAAGACACAGGAGAUGACCCCCGCAAACUUAAACCUGGUGAGAUCGACCCAAACCCAGAGACUAAACCUGCCCGACCUGAUCCAGUGGACAUGGAUGAAGAUGAGCUGGAGAUGCUGUCUGAAGCCAGAGCUCGUCUGGCCAACACACAAGGCAAGAAGGCCAAGCGGAAAGCCAGGGAGAAGCAAUUAGAGGAGGCCAGGCGCCUGGCGGCCCUUCAGAAACGCAGAGAGCUCCGAGCUGCAGGCAUUGAUAUCCAGAAGAAGAGAAAGAAGAAGAGAGGAGUUGACUACAAUGCAGAGAUUCCUUUUGAGAAGAAGCCUGCGCCUGGAUUCUAUGACACGUCAAUGGAGAACUACAAUGCCCUGGAGCCUGACUUCAAGAGACUGCGCCAACAGCACUUAGAUGGAGAACUAAGGAGUGAGAAAGAGGAUAGAGAAAGAAAGAAGGACAGACAGAAGAUCAAGAAGAAGAAGGAAUCAGACCUUCCCUCUGCCAUUCUUCAGACCAGCGGCGUGUCUGAGUUUACUAAGAAGAGGAGUAAACUGGUCCUCCCAUCCCCACAGAUUUCUGAUGCUGAACUGGAAGAAGUGGUCAAACUGGGCCAAGCCAGUGAAAUUGCCCGGCAGACGGCCGAAGAAUCAGGCAUUACGAACUCAGCCUCCAGCGCGCUGCUCUCUGAAUACAACGUCACCAACAACACCAUGGCCCUCCGCACGCCCAAAACCCCAGCGGCACAGGACAAAAUCCUCCAGGAAGCCCAGAAUCUCAUGGCCCUUACUAAUGUGGACACCCCCUUAAAAGGAGGACUGAACACCCCGCUUCACGAGAGCGAUUUCUCUGGAGUGACCCCACAGCGACAGGUGGUUCAGACACCCAAUACUGUGCUGUCCACGCCCUUCAGGACUCCCAGUCAUGGGGCAGAGGGCAUGACCCCACAUAGUGGAAUGACCCCGAAACCUUCAGCUGGAGUAACCCCAGGCAGGACGCCCCUGCGGGACAAACUUAACAUUAACGCUGAUGACGGGGUCGUGGACUACACAGAUCCAGCCUUCUCCAAACAUCUGCAAAGAGAGUCCCGUGAGCAGCUGAAGGUGGGGCUCAUGUCCCUGCCGUUGCCGAAGAACGACUUUGAGAUUGUGCUGCCUGAGAAUGCAGAGAGAGAGCUGGAGGAACCUGAGGUGGAUGAGAGCUAUGUGGAGGACGCUGCUGAGAUUGACUUACGCAAACAGGCGGCGAGAGAGGCUGAGCGUGAGAAAGAGCUCAGACAGAGACACACAGCCAUACAGAGGAGUUUACCAAGGCCCUCAGAGGUAAAUGAGACCAUCCUGAGGCCUCAGAAUGUGGAGCCUCCCCUGACAGAACUGCAGCAGGCUGAGGAGCUCAUUAAGAGAGAGAUGGUCACCAUGCUGCAUUUCGACAGCCUUCACCAUCCGUACGCGGACGCACUGACCAAAAAAGCCAAAGGAGUCAGCUCCAGCUCCAACAACGCAGAACACAUGGCUUACCUGGAAAAGACGGCCUACGAGAAAGUCUCCGAGGACGAUCUGAAAAAUGCGUCUGAGCUGCUGACGCAGGAGAUGGAAGUGGUGAAGCACGGCAUGGGCCACGGAGACCUCUCCAUCGAUGCCUACAACCAGGUUUGGGAAGAGUGCUACAGCCAGGUGCUCUACUUACCCGGUCAAAGCCGCUACACACGAGCCAACCUUGCCAGCAAAAAGGAUAGAAUUGAAUCCUUAGAGAAGCGACUGGAGAUAAACAGAGGCCACAUGACGAUGGAAGCCAAGCGAGCAGCCAAGAUGGAGAAAAAGAUGAAGAUUCUGCUGGGGGGCUACCAGUCUCGUGCCAUGGGCCUGAUGAAGCAGCUCAGUGACCUGUGGGACCAGGUGGAGCAGGCCAACAUGGAGCUUCGUACCUUCCAGGAGCUCAAGAAGCAGGAGGACCUGGCUAUUCCCCGCAGGCAGGAGGCUUUGAGAGAAGAUGUACAGAGACAACAGGAGAGAGAGAAAGAACUCCAGCAGAGGUUUGCUGACCUUCUUCUUGAGAAAGAAACAUUGCUUUCUGAGAAGUUUUAAAUUGGACAUACGGCUUUUUUUUUCCCCCUCCCCAACCACGGCUGUCUUUGUGCUGGUUGUAGUAUAAUCAGAACAAACUUAAGAGCCUGUCAUUUUUUAAGAUUCUUUUUCAGCGUGUACAUCAUCAUUGUUGUAAUGAACAGCGUAAGCAUACUGAAAACUCAGUUUCGGCAUUGUAUUUCAAUGUUAUUUGCAAAGCUUUUGAAGAGCGAACGUCUGUGUUCUGAUGUGAUUUUUGUCUCCUGUGAACAUUUUACACUUGAGUGUACCCUUUGUCAUAAAAGACACAGAAUUGUCUCUCAUACCUUGUAAAUAAUGUCAAAUGUUGAUUCUCUUUCCCGGUAUCA